GCCAGCUUCACUAAAGGACACCGGCCAUACAUCAUACCACUUGAUUAGUCCCGUCCGACUUCCUACAACUCGUAAGUUCCAAUCUCAUUCUCCACUAUUCCAAUAUCGGACACAUUAUAACACUUGAUUCGUUCAUUUCAGCCUCCUGCAAUAUGCAUCAACGGACUCGUUCUCCACUUGAAAGCCUCAACCUCUCCCUCUCCAGACUGUCAAGGGACAAGAAGAUGCAUGCAUUCCACUUUCACCUCUCACAAGAAGCGAAGCGUCAGAGAACGCAAGACAAGAUUCUCGCAACCCACGCUAGGAUCGAAGAAUACUCGGCUGGAUAUUUAAGGCCAUGGCAAUUACUGAAGCUGAAGAUCGACGCGUCUGAAGUCAACAUAAGCAGCAAAGAUAUAAUCAAGUUUAGACCGUGCUUUUUCUCUCCCUUACCCACUGACACAAUACGGACGUGCCUAUCGAAGCAGUCAAACAAGAAUACCCCACAUGAAAAUAGUUUAGGCUAUGCAGGACGUGCAAUGCCAUGCCCAAGCACAGUCGCUCUUAUGCAUUAUCCACUUAUCCUCGAUCUCUUUCGAGAGAAAUAUGCAACCUCCGUACGCAAAGGUUUCUGCUUGGACAGCCUGACCACUCUUCGAGAGUGCGGAGCCACUAGCAAGGGCAAGUGGAAGCAGCAACCAGGCCUCGAACUCGCCGAGAAGCUAUCUACCGAGCGCUGGCAAAUCCUGCGCAUUUUAGAGGAUCUGGAGCAUGAAGUACCCCACGCCGUCUGCGAUAUCCGUCAGAACAUCCAAGUUGACAGAAAGAAAGGUCUCACGGUAGCGGAAGUGAAAGCCAUUAUGAGAGUUAUGGCUGUCCGCAUAGGGCUGGACUGCUACCGGCCGCAUUCCCUAAUGCCAAUCCUGGCUAUAUCAUACUUGAAUCGAAAGCAAGGACGAAUCUUACAAGUACACCAUGAUGGAAAACGGGUCGUUAUCCAGUACACGAAAGUGCUAGACUUUGAUGGACUUGAACAUCACCCUAUCGAGCUCUUCCUUCGCUACUACUGCAGCCAGCCAGUCGGAAAGACCGCCAAUAAGCAGAAGGAUUCAUCGUCAAGAUAGGGCUAGAGAAUUGGCUCCACUGACGCCCCACGGUGGUAAGGAAGGGCAUCACUUCCAAUGGUCAAG